CAAGUUUUUACUUCCCCUUUGUAUCAACUCCACUGCCUCUCCGAAUGCUUGUUUUACUUGCAACAAGACGGCUUUUUCUGUUAAGGACGUUAGGAUCUGGAAAGGAUGGAAACAAACGCACAAACAUCUGCAGAAGAAGAUUGAAGUGAGUGAAUUCAGAUAAAAUUCAAGCUUGUUAGAGGGCUUUAAAAAAAUAAAAAGUUGAUUCGGUGCAUGAGAGCAAGUUGAUUACUGCUGCUGCUUACCGUUGAGAGACUUACAGGUGCUUGCCUGAAUUGCAAUAAAGGACUCAUAUACUGAGCAGGACUUAUUUAUCUCUUCAUUUUGGAGAGCCUCAUAAACUGUUAUUACAGUUUCUCUACUGACUUUCAAAAGUUUGGAGUUUGAAAGAGACACCUUUGCAGUUGACGAAGCAUGAGCACGGCCAGAACAGAGAACCCUGUUAUAGUGGGUCUGUCCAGUCAGAAUGGUCAGCUGCGGGGCCCUGUGAAGGCCAGCAGUGGCCCAGGAGGAGGGGGCACACAGACACAGCAACAGAUGAACCAGUUGAAAAACACCAGCACAAUCAAUAAUGGCACUCCGCAGCAAGCACAGAGCAUGGCCGCCACGAUUAAACCUGGUGAUGACUGGAAAAAGACUUUAAAACUCCCUCCAAAGGAUCUAAGAAUCAAAACUUCGGAUGUGACCUCCACAAAAGGAAAUGAGUUUGAAGAUUACUGUUUGAAACGGGAGUUGCUAAUGGGAAUUUUUGAAAUGGGCUGGGAAAAACCAUCUCCUAUUCAGGAGGAGAGCAUUCCCAUUGCUUUAUCUGGUAGGGAUAUCUUAGCUAGAGCAAAAAACGGAACAGGCAAAAGCGGUGCCUACCUCAUUCCCUUACUUGAACGGCUGGACCUGAAGAAGGACAAUAUUCAAGCAAUGGUGAUUGUUCCCACUAGAGAACUUGCUCUACAGGUCAGUCAAAUUUGCAUCCAGGUCAGCAAACACAUGGGAGGGGCCAAAGUGAUGGCAACCACAGGAGGAACCAACUUACGGGAUGACAUAAUGAGGCUGGAUGACACAGUGCAUGUGGUGAUCGCUACCCCUGGCAGAAUCCUGGAUCUUAUCAAGAAAGGAGUAGCAAAGGUUGAUCAUGUCCAGAUGAUAGUAUUGGAUGAGGCAGAUAAGUUGUUGUCACAGGAUUUUGUGCAGAUAAUGGAGGAUAUUAUUCUCACACUACCUAAAAACAGGCAGAUUUUACUGUAUUCCGCUACUUUCCCGCUCAGUGUACAAAAGUUUAUGAAUUCCCAUCUGCAGAAACCCUAUGAGAUAAACCUGAUGGAGGAGCUAACUCUGAAGGGAGUAACCCAGUACUACGCAUAUGUAACUGAGCGCCAAAAAGUACACUGCCUCAAUACACUUUUCUCCAGGCUUCAGAUAAACCAGUCGAUCAUUUUCUGCAACUCUUCUCAGAGAGUAGAAUUACUGGCCAAGAAGAUUUCUCAGCUGGGUUACUCUUGCUUCUAUAUCCAUGCUAAAAUGAGGCAGGAACAUCGAAAUCGUGUCUUUCAUGAUUUCCGAAAUGGCUUAUGCCGCAAUCUUGUUUGCACUGAUCUGUUUACCCGAGGUAUUGACAUACAAGCUGUGAAUGUGGUGAUAAACUUUGACUUCCCAAAGCUGGCCGAGACCUACCUUCAUCGUAUUGGAAGGUCAGGUCGCUUUGGUCAUCUUGGCUUAGCCAUCAACUUGAUCACAUAUGAUGAUCGCUUCAACCUGAAAAGUAUUGAGGAGCAGCUGGGGACAGAAAUUAAACCUAUCCCAAGCAACAUUGACAAGAGCCUGUAUGUGGCAGAGUACCACAGUGAGCCUGUAGAAGACGAGAAACCUUAACAAGCACGCUUUGACAAACUACAGAAGGCUCCUUGGAUCUGUGACACAUCAUUUGGGGGGGGGGUGCUCUUCUCUUUGUGGGUUUUUUCAUCUUUAUUUUGGAACUAUGAAGAGUUAUAUAAGAGCUCAGACCUUUUUCUUUUUUCUUUUUUCUUUUUUUU